AUGGAUCUGGCAGACUGGACAAAUUUUCCUGCUACUGGUCCGAAGAAUGAUGAAGAAGGUUACUUUCCAGAACUUCAUGAAGAAAUACAAGGAACAGCGGGUAAGACGGCUUCUCUGACUGGUGAAAGAGGCAACAGCUCGUCCAAUUAUCAUGGAGAUAGCAUGUUCUUACACCAUCUUGAUCAUGAUCUAUAUGAAAAUGGAGGAGACAACAGCACCAGCACUAACAAUUCAAAUAAUCAGACAUCAUCUACUCACCAGAGUUCAAGAUCUAAAAUAUUUCCAAACGAUAGUCAUUACGAAUUUGAGAUAGAUAACAUCAACUUCAUGUUACCAGAAGACUUGAACUUUGAAGAGAACGGAAACACCCAGUCGUCGGCAUUUCCUCCUUCAAAUAUGCCACAACCUACUCCUAACAUGAACCCUGCAAAUAAAUACGUUAAUAGUAUUCUGAAGGAUAAUAGCAAAGCUUUUGCUUCUCCUGUGUUACCAAGUCAGAAUGAAAAAUCAUACAACAAUCAGCAUUAUUAUCACAAGCACAACAAUAUUUCCAGAUCAGACUCAUUUCAAAACAGGAAUCAUGUUAGGCCCGACGCCGUUUUCUCACCACUAGUGUCACCAGCAGUUACACCAUUGGAUUCACAAGUUAACAUGAACAAGACUCAGUACAACCCUCCACUUCAGACGUCUUUUGAACCAUUGACAUCUCCUGCGUUGGGUGCUGACCAAGAUAAAAAAAGGCGGUCGUCGCCGUCAGUGUAUGGCACCAGUGAUGAUGCGGUCUCUUAUAAACGGAGGACUCCUCAUGGUACACCAAUAAUGCAACCAAAUGAUAGCACUAGAUCUAAGAAGUCACCUGCAAUGAAAACUAGAAACUCACGUCGCUCCUCCUCAUCGUUAUCAGUAAUUGAAAAAAUUUCGGAGCCUAGUAUUGAUCCAUCAAAGUAUGAGGAGACGAGCGCAAUGCUCCCUCCCCAAGCCAUAAAAGUUGAUAUAGAUCCUUCUGUUGGCGAACGUCCAGCGCUUAUGGGUUUUACUAUGGGAAGGUUAGCAGAGCAAUUUGAUGAAAAUUUCAAUGAAAAUAAUUCAGAAGCAAGGUCAAGAUCUUCUAGGCGUUCCUACUCUAAUAAAAUUUUACCAAAAUCGUCUUCCUCAAGUGAAGCGUCGCCUAUUCUAACCGAGCAGAGAUCCAAUUCUUCUGCGAAGCCGAAGUAUGAGAAGCCAGCAACAAAAAAAGCUUCUCAUAAGAUAGCUGAGCAAGGAAGAAGAAUUAGAAUGAAUACAGCAGUCAGUGAAUUGGCAACUUUAGUUCCUCAGUCAUACCAUGACCAGGUUGCAAUUCCUUCCAAGGCUACGACUGUUGAAUUAGCCUCCAAGUAUAUCAGGGACUUGGUGAAGGAGAUUGACACAUUAAAGAAAAACUUGUGA